AUGGGAGACUACGGCAACCAGAUCUCAAUUGAGGCCCUUCCGGCUCAGCUGCCCCUCGAGCUCAAGGCAAGUGCUUCUUUGUUCCCCCUCUUGACUGACGGGAUUCUUGUAGAUGGCGACCGGACGGCCGGACCUGCGGUCGCCGGCGAGGUGAACCAGGCACGCAUUGCCCUGGAGCUGAAGCCGCACGUCUCGGCCGCGGCUCUAGCAGAUUUCUGCACGCGCCAGGACGUGACACUCCUCAGCGUGUUGAACGUCGCGUGGGCAAUGGUGCUGGCUGCCUAUGCCGACACCGAUGUCGUCCACGUGCUGUCGGUCCGCUAUGUGGCAGAGGUCCCUCAUGUGGGCCUGUCCGAAAUCACGAUCGACGACGGGUCGACCGUGCGACAGAACUUGGUCGAGGUGGAGCAGCGCUUACAGGCCAGUGUCGCGGUCCCUUCGGCGACGACUGUGACCGACCUGCAGAUCUGGACCUCCGUAGACGACCAUCCAGCUUUCAACAGCGUGGUGCUGUUGUCCGACGGCGAGAGCCCGGAGCGGGUGGAAGUCCAGGCUGGAAACUAUAUUGCCCUUCAAGCCCGGGCUGCUCAGGAUCAAGUAGCGAUCCAUCUGCAGGCUCCUAUCCACCUGCUCCCUGAGGCGCAAGCUAAGCACUGCGCGGCAACCCUGAGCCACGUCCUUGGGGAAAUCAUCCAAAACCCCGAUCGGCCUCUCCACGCCAUCAACUUGAUGAGUCCGUCGGGACUGGAACAAAUCUCUCACUGGAACCAGACAGCUCCCGCCGUGGUCUCGCGCUGUCUGCAUCAUACUGUGGACGAGACGGUGCAGGCCCGACUUGACGCCCUCGCCAUUGAUGGAGCCGAUGGCCAGAUGACCUAUGCAGAAUUGCAAUGGUACUCGGAUCGGCUGGCGCAGCACCUGAUGCAGCGAGGAGUCGGUCCUGAAACGGCGGUUCCUUUGUUCUUUGAGAAGUCAAAGUGGGCCAUUGUGACCAUGGUCGCCGUGGUCAAGGCUGGGGGUGUCAUCGUGAACCUGGACGCCAAACAGCCACGGCCACGGUUGCGGGGCUUGCUCACCCAGCUUCAAGCGCAGUUUGUCAUCAGCUCCGUACAGCACGCCACGCUUUGGGUGGACGAGUAUCAUGUGGUGGUCGUCUCGGAAGACGCCCUCGCUCAACUGCCCACAAGCGAGGCUGUCGUCCCUCAUCUCGAAGUCUCACCGCAGAAUGCUCUCUACAUCAUUUUUACCUCGGGUAGUACCGGCACACCUAAAGGUGUCGUCGUGGAGCAUGAGUCGUUCCUCACGGCGGCGGCACAACAUGUACAGGCUGGCCACAUUCUUCCUUCCAGUCGAGUACUGCAAAUGACACCGUAUACCUUCGAUGUGAGUAUGCUCGAGAUUUUCACCACACUCACCACCGGCGCCUGCAUCUGCUUCUGCAGCGAUGAAGAAGCGGCGCGUGGAAUCACGCAUGUUAUCAACUUCCUGCAAAUUACCUGGACCUUCAUGACGCCUUCGCUGGUGCGCUUGAUUGACCCAAAGGCGGUGCCCACCCUCAAGACCCUUGCCUUGGGUGGAGAAGGGCUCGGGCGCAUUGAUGUAACGACCUGGGCGGAUAAGCUGCAAUUGAUCAACGGCUACGGACCAAGUGAGUGCUCCGUUGCGGCGACCAUCAACACUCCGCUGUCAUUGACUUCGGAUCCCGCCAAUAUUGGCGUUGGAUAUGGCGCGAACUGCUGGGUCGUGCAUCCUGAAGACCAUCAUCGACUUGUCCCCAUCGGUACUGUCGGCGAACUGGUCAUUCAAGGACCCAUCGUCGCGCGCGGAUACCUGCAUGAGCCCGCCAAAACGGCGGCCGUCUUCCUGGAUGAGACCCCAGACUUUGCUGCGCUGCUCCCUCAACAGCCUCACGCCUUCCGUCUCUACAAGACUGGUGAUCUGGUGCGCCAGAACAGUGACGGUACCUUCAACUUCCUCGGACGCAAGGAUCGCCAAGUGAAACUGAACGGACAACGCUUGGAGCUGGGCGAGAUCGAGCAGCGACUGUCAGCUGAUGCGUUGGUGCGGCAUGCCCUCGUCAUGCUGCCUAAGGAGGGUCCCUGCCAGAACCGUCUGGUGGCGGUCCUUUCGCUGCAUGCUUUCUCCCACGAUAGUCCCCGGGACGCGAACGUUCACGUUCUGUCAGCCGAGGAGUCACGAAGUGCGCGCGCCAGUUUGACGAAAAUCACUCAACGGUUGGCGACACAGCUUCCCGUGUAUAUGAUUCCCACCUUCUGGGUGGUGCUGGCAGCUCUUCCCUUCACGACUUCAGGCAAGGUCCAUGGUGUGGCUAUGACCAAGUGGCUUGCUGAGAUGUCCGAAGAGACCUAUAACGAGAUUGCCGGCGUGAGUGACGAGGGGUCUGAAACCGCACUCUCGAGUGAGGUAGAACUCCAGCUCCAGCAGAUUUGGGCCGAUGAACUGGGGAUCCCUGUCGCUGACCUCAAGGCCAACCGCUCCUUCAUUGCUCUUGGAGGUGACUCGUUGACGGCGAUGAAGGUCGUGGCGCGGUGUCGCAAGCAGCAGCUUGUGGUUUCGGUUCCCGAUGUUUUACGCGCCGCGAAUAUCGUCGAGCUCGCCGCACGCACCACCAAGGGAUCUGACACCUCGUCUGGGGAUGAUAACGGGGAUGGCAGCGAUAAGAUGACCCGUUCGACUCCGGCCGGCCGCGUUGCCGCUCUCAAUGAUUCUCUCCUGACAGUGGCAGGACUCACUAGCCGCGACGAGGUGGAAGAUGUCUAUGGCUGCUCACCCAUGCAGGACGGUAUCCUGCUCAGUCAGGUCAAAUUCCCUGGCACGUACCACGUCCGUCGCGUGUUGCGGGUGCAGUCCACUGGCGACGUGCCCCCUGUUGUCGAUCGUCUGCAAAGCGCAUGGCAGACGGUGGUGAAUCGGCAUCCAAUGCUGCGGACAAUCUUCGUCGACGCAGAGGGUCAGUUCCGGCAGAUUGUCCUCAAGGAGGUCUCGGCCUCUGUUCAGGUAUGCGAGCGCCUCGACUUGACGGAGGAACAGGCGGUGGUUCAGUUCCUGCAGGAUCAGCCCAAGCCCAGCUACGCCCCCUCGGAUCCCCAGCAUCACUUUACUAUCUGCCACGCGGCCGGUGAUGCGAUCUUCCUCAAGUUCGAAAUCAGUCACGCUUUGGUUGACGGUGCAUCCAAUGAAGUGAUCCUCCGCGAACUGUCCCAGGCCUUUGAUGUGCAGGACUUCCCGAGCCCCGCUGCGCUCUUCGGUGACUACAUUGAGUAUAUCUCGGAGGCGCAAGCUGGAAGCAACAAUUCGCUAAGCCACUGGACUACCUACCUGGCUGGGGUGCAGCCGACGAUCGUACCCAUGUAUCCUCCUACUGAGCAACAACAUGCCCCCAAGCAAAUUCGCUCGGUGCCAGUGCCUUUUACGGAGAACCAAGUGGCUGCACUGGUUCGACUUUCCGAGGCCAACGGGAUCACGCUGGCUAACGUCCUGCAGACGGCCUGGGCCCUGACUCUCCGGGCCUACACUGGACUCGACGAUGUUUGCUUCGGCUACAUUGCCUCGGGGCGUGAUGUGCCCGUUGCUGGCAUUGAACACGCGGUGGGCGCCUUUAUCAACAUGCUCGUCUGCCGGGUGCGGUUGGACCAGUAUCCCAGCGUGCUUGAAGCAAUUGCUGGGAUGCAGGCCGAAUACUUCGAUGCGUUGCCUCAUCAGCACACUUCGCUGGCACAAAUCCAGAACGCACUAAAACUGUCGGGCAUGCCUCUGUUCAACAGCAUUGUCUCGGUGCAGAAGGAGGUGACCGACCAGUCAUUGGGCGAGUGGUCGCUCUCGUUCCAGCCCCUCACUGAGGAUGAUCCUACUGAUUUCGACCUGACUGUCCAUAUCUACAUGGGCAAAGAGCACGCGCAUCUGUCUAUCGGCUACUGGUCCUCGCUGUUGUCUGAAGGCGACGCCGCGAACCUGGCCAACACGUUCAGUGGCGCCAUUGAUCGUGUCCUCACGCAAGCAAACUCCUCAGCCUCUGACCUCGAUCUCUUCACCGAGCGGGAUCGCGAGCAGAUCUUCGCCUGGAACCAGGACGAGCCCGUCGCAGCGCCUGGAGUUGUCCAUGAAUACAUCUACGCUCGGGCGCGCCAGCAGCCCGACGCGCCCGCGGUGUGUGCCUGGGAUGGCGAGUACACCUACGCCGAGUUGGACCAGCUCUCAGAGAAGUUGGCCCAUUACCUGGCUCAGCUUGGAGCGGGUCCUGAAGUUUUGAUUCCCCACUGUUUCGACAAGUCCAGGCUCGCUCCAGUGACGAUGCUGGCAAUCAUGAAAUCCGGCAGUGCCGGUGUGGGACUGAGUGCGGCGCAUCCCCGAUCUCGGAUCCAGGACAUUGUGGAGAACUGUGCCGCCCGCAUUGCGGUUGUUGCUCCUCAGCAUGCCUCCGUUGUGGAGGGUUUGGUCGAGCAUAUUGUCGUCCUGGAUGAGGCCUUCUUCACCUCACUACCUGCCCCUACAGCUGGAGCGCAACUCCCCCAAGCGAAGCCGUGCAACCCCGCUUUCGUCUCCUUCACUUCGGGCAGUACCGGAAAGCCCAAGGGUAUCGUUCUCGAGCACGCCUCCCUCAUCACCAGUAUUCUCGCUCACGGUGUCGAGUGGGAGGUUAACCAGUCGGCGCGGGUGCUGCAGUUCUCUGCCUACGCGUUCGAUGCAAGUGUCUCGGACACCUUCACGACCCUGGUCGGUGGCGGUACGAUCUGUAUUCCCCAGGAGAAGGAGCGAGUGGAUGAUCUCGCCGGCGCCAUAAAUCGGCUGGGAGUGACCUGGGCCUUCUUGACUCCCCGUGUGCUGGGUCUGCUGUCCCCCGAGACAGUCCCUACCCUGAAGACUGUGGUUCUCGGAGGUGAGGCUAUCUCGCGCGAGGACAUCUCUCCCUGGACGGAGGCGCUUUCCAUCCGGAUUGUCUACGGGCCCACAGAAUGUACCAUCUAUAGUAUGGGCACUGAACCACUUACAGCCGACAGCGACCCGGCGAAUCUGGGCCAUGCCGUUGGCACGCGGCUGUGGGUCACUGACCCGGAAAACACUGAUCGACUUCUCCCGGUUGGCUGUAUCGGCGAGCUUAUCAUCGAAGGACCCUUGGUGACGCGUGGCUAUCUUAACGAGCCUGAGAAGACCAAGGCCGCAUACCUGGAAGACCCUGUCUGGUUGCCCAAGAGAGCCUCCGGAGAGCCACGGCGGUUCUACAAGACCAGCGAUCUGGUGCGCUACUACCCCAACGGAGACCUGCGGUUCAUUGGCCGGAAGGACACGCAAAUCAAGGUCCGUGGACAGCGUGUUGAACUGGGAGAGAUUGAGCAUGCUAUCCUGGGAACCAUGCCUGGUGCGGUGCAUAUCACUGUCGACGCGGUGGUGCUGCCGCCUCAGACUCUUGUCGCUUUCCUGUAUCUGGGAGGGCAUAGUGACGAGCUGAUGAUGCCUUUGACUCCAGAGGUAACUGCUCAGCUGCGCGCACUGGAGAAGUCUCUGUCUGAAACUCUCCCCAGCUACAUGGUUCCUAGUCUCUUCAUCCCCAUCUCUCACAUUCCCAUGACGAUUUCCGGCAAGGUCGAUCGCAUUGUUCUUCGUCGUGCUGUGUCGACCCUGUCUUCCGCCCAGCUGGAAAUGUAUGCGCUGGCUGAGCAGAUUAAGGCUGCCCCUCAGACUCUCCAGGAGAUCCAGCUGCAGAAACUAUGGGCUAAGGUUCUACGCAAAGAGGCUAGCACCGUGGGACGUGACGACAGCUUCUUCCGUCUUGGGGGUAACUCCAUUGGCGCCAUGAAGUUGGUGGCUGCUGCUCGCGGCGCUGGCCUCGUGCUCAGCGUGGCUGAUAUCUUCCGUCAUCCUCAAUUGUCGGACAUGGCGGCGCAGCUUGUUUUGCCUGGAGGCGACUCCUUGUCCUCCUCGUCCUCCUCUCCGUCCUCGUCGACUUCUCCACUUGCCUACACGCCCUUCUCCUUGUUGCCUGCAGCUAGCACAACGGAGAGAGAGAACCUGCUCGCGGAGGCUGCUCAGCAGUGCUCGAUCUCCCUCGAAGCCAUUGAAGACGUCUACCCAGCCACACCCCUGCAGGAAGGAGUCUUCCUUAUGUCGACUACUCACAAGGGCGCGUAUGUUGCCCCAACCGCCUUCCGCAUCCCUGCAGACUUCGAUCUUGCCCGCUUCAAGGCCGCUUGGCAGACCCUCGUCGACGCUCACUUCAUUUUGCGGACCCGGCUGGUCACUGUCGAAUCCACUUCUUACCAGGUGGUUUUGACCAAAGAGGCCUCGCAGUUGCAGUGGGAGCAUGCCGCAUCCUGCGACGGAUAUCUUGCCCGCACUCAGUCCCUCUCUGUGGUCGCAGGAGGUCCGUUGACGCGGUAUGCCCUUAUUCCCGCCGAGGACCGUUCCACCAUCUUCGUGUGGACCGCCCAUCAUGCCGUGUUCGAUGGCUGGUCAGUGGGUCUGCUUUUCGAACAAUUGGUUCAGUUGUACAAGCAGCAAGAUGGUCUUGCCCUUGCUACACCGACAGGACCUUCGUACGCCGAAUUUGUGCAGUUCCUCGAGACGAAGACUGAUGAGGAUGCCUCGCGCAAGUUCUGGGCGUCGUUGGUGCCCUCCGAGCCUCCUGCUAUCUUCCCUCGUCUGCCCGCAGCCACUUAUCAACCCACCGCGAAGGCGACCUGCUUUCGCACCAUUUCCAAUAUCGUGCAGCCGGAGCAGUCGAACCUCACCCUGGCCAUCCUUCUACGGGCAGCGUGGGCUAUUGUGCUCGCUCGGUAUACCGACGCGGAAGACAUUUUGUAUGGGCUCACUCUGUCCGGACGAGAUGUGCCCGUCGCAGGCGUGGAGCGUAUGGUCGGCCCUACCAUCACCACUGUUCCGAUGAAUGUUCACCUGGACGGGGAGAUGUUGGUGGAGACCUUCCUGCAGCAGCAGCAGGAUCAAAAUAUCGAGAUGAUGCGCCACCAGCACGCCGGAUUGCAGUCCAUCCGUCGCAUCAGUCCCGCCGCCAGUGCCGCCUCUGAUUUCACGAAUCUGUUCGUGGUGCAGCCUCACACGGACGAGGCGCCAAGUCUCGAACUGAUGGUCCAGGUCACCACUGAUAUGAGCCGGUUUGACCCCUAUGCCUUGGUUCUUGAGUGCAACAUGAAGGCCAACGGCCAGGUGCUUUUGGAAGCACGAUUUGAUGAUGUUGUUGUGUCCUCGGAUCAAACCCAGCGCCUGUUGGGUCACUUUGAGCAUGUCCUCCAGCAGCUUACCACGCCAUCGACCCCGGACCGUCGGCUGAAGCAGGUCGAUAUGUUCAGUCCAGAGGAUGAGCGACAGAUUUGGGCCUGGAAUGCAGAGCCGGCCAAGCCGGAGAACGUGUGUGUCCACCAAUUGGUCACCGCUGCAGCCAAGCGCCACCCGAACCACGUUGCCGUCGACGCAUGGGAUGGAUCGCUGACCUACUGGCAACUUGACGAUAUGUCCUCACGCUUGGCUGAUUGGCUCAUUUCUUCUCACGCCCUCAAGCCCGAGUCUUUGGUUCUCCUGUGCUUUGACAAGUCCCUAUGGACCAUCGUCACCAUGAUGGCCGUGGUAAAAUGUGGUGGGGGAUGCGUGAUGCUUAACCCUGAUCACCCGAUAUCGCGUCUGGAGGGCGUGAUCGUCGACACGGGCUCCUCCGUCGUCCUUGCUGCACCGGACCGUGCCUCGCUCUUUGCAUCCGUCGGGGGCGUAACGGUGGUCGCCAUUGAUGAAUCCUUGAUCCGCAAUCUGCCUGUGCUCGACGAGACAGUGCGACCACUGCCUGUUAUCAAGCCCACCAACCCGGUCUUUGUCAUUUUCACAUCCGGCAGUACGGGCAAGCCCAAGGGAAUCGUGGUCCAGCACAACGGAGUUUGCACGGUUGCGAUCCAGCAUGGAGAGGGACUGGGCUUCACUGGCAAAAAUCUGCGCGUCCUUCAGUUCGCUUCGUUCAGCUUUGACGUCAGCAUGGGAGAAGUGUUCAUCACACUCAUGAAAGGGGGUACCUUGUGUAUCCCCACUGAGGACGACCGCAUCAACAACCUGGCGGCCACUAUCAACCUCAUGAACAUUACCUGGACCUUUAUGGCACCCACCGUGGCUGCCCUACUUGAUCCCCGCGAAGUGCCUAAUCUGCAGACCCUCGUUCUGGGUGGUGAAGCCGUUUCGCAGAGUCUGGUCGACCAGUGGUCCAACCAGCUGCAAUUGAUCGACUCGUAUGGCCCGGCCGAAUGCACCAUCUGGGCCUCUCAUGCCAACGCCAGCGCCACCGUCUCCCCCACCAACAUCGGUCGCGGAGUCGGCUGUCGUUACUGGGUGGCCGAUAUUCAUGACCACAAUCGUCUCGCCCCAGUCGGUUGCGUCGGAGAGUUGCUCAUUGAAGGCCCGAACGUCUCCCGUGGCUAUCUGAACGAGGCCGAGAAAACCCGGGACGCCUUCAUCGAGAGCCCGGCCUGGAUGCAGGGUAGGGCGGAUGCCGAAUACACCUAUAAAUUCUACAAGACCGGUGAUCUGGUGCGGUACAUGGCGGAUGGCUCCCUAGAGAUCGCCGGCCGCAAGGACAGCCAGGUUAAAUUCCACGGCCAGCGCAUCGAACUGGGUGAGAUCGAGUUUCAUCUGCGCGCGAGCGCAGCUGUCGAAGCCGGCAUGGUCACGCUGCCCAAGACAGGUCUCUGCAAGGGUAAGCUAGUGGCCAUAGUGGCGUUGACGAGCCUUCAACCCGAAGCGGCAGAGGGAGAUCGUGUGCAGCUCGUUUUGCCGCAGAUUUUGCAGUCCCCCAAGACACAAUCACAAAUCCAGGAGAUCCAGGAAGAGCUUGGUGCGGUGCUGCCCCCGUAUAUGGUACCGACUAUCUGGGUCGUCCUUGACUCGAUUCCCUUGACGGCUUCGCGUAAGAUUAACCGCGUGCCAAUUUCGCGCUGGGUCAUGGAUAUGUCGGAGGAGACAUACCACCAGGUGGUGGAUGCCACGUCUUCGGAGUGUGAUGAGCAGAAUCUGCCGUCUACGGCGCUGGAGAAGCAGCUGGCGCAGGUCUGGAGCCAUGUUCUCAAUCUUCCGCUCGAGGCUAUUGGUCUCAAUCGUUCGUUCUUGAGCCUGGGUGGAGAUUCCAUUACUGCCAUGCAGGUCGUCGCCCGUUGUCGCUCCCAGGGGAUUGAUUUGAGCGUGCAGGAUAUCCUGCAGCCCAAGUCGCUGGCGGGUGUCGUUGCUCGGGCUCAUGCGGCUAAGCCUCGCAGUGCUGUCACGCGAGAAGAAGUCUAUGAUGUUCCUUUUGAACUGUCUCCAAUCCAGCAGCUCUACUUCCAGGAUGUCGUGCCGGAGAAUGAGCGUCAACUGAAUCAUUACAACCAGAGUGUUCUGCUGCGUGUGACCCAUCCAAUUUCAUCCUCGCAACUCUCUGCUGCCAUUGAAAAGAUCGUGAACUGUCAUGCGAUGCUGCGGGCUCGGUUCCACCAGGAUGUCGACGGAAAAUGGACGCAGCUGGUGCGGCGUCCAGCCUCGGGGCUGGCACCUGUGUCUGUUCAUGAUGUGACAAGCCGUGAAGCUUUGUUGGAAGUGAUCAAUGCCUCUCAGCGCCAGAUCGAUAUCGAGCAGGGUCCAGUCUUUGUGGUCGAUUAUUUCACGCUCCCGGACUCGCAGGGUCAGCUACUCUCACUCAUUGCUCACCACCUUGUCGUUGAUGCCGUGUCCUGGCAUAUCCUGGUCGGUCAGCUCGAGCAGCUGCUGCUGGCACCUAGCGAAGAACUUCAACUUCAAUGUCAAAUGCCCUUCCAGAGCUGGGCGCACGCUCAGCGGGAGUACGCGGAGGGUUUGACAGCUCCGUCCUUGGGUCCUCCUGCCUUGCCCACCCCCAACCUUUCGUACUGGGGACUGAAGCAACUGCCCAGCUGGAAAGAUGGCAAGGAAUUGACCUUCAACCUGGAUACGUCGACCACGGCGCUUCUAUUGGCGGAGGCCAAUACAUCCCUCCGCACUCAGCCUGUCGACUUGCUUGUGGCGGCGCUCCAGCAGUCGUUCACCGAGUCUUUCCCUGAUCGUGCGAUGCCUGCAAUUUUCAGCGAGGGUCAUGGGCGUGAACCGUGGGACACUUCCAUCGAUCUAUCAGAAACUGUCGGUUGGUUCACAGUCUUCCAGCCAAUGCAUCGCCAUGUCCGUCAGCACGAGAGCGUGAAAGAAACCGUCAAGCGCACCAAGGAUGCUCGUCGCGCCUGCCCCGACCACGGCUUUGCGUACUUCACUGGUCGCCAGUUUCGACCAGCUGCGUCUGAACGCCACGAUAUGGAGAUUUGCUUCAACUACCUGGGUCAAGCGCAACAAACUGAGCGCGCGGAUGCUUUCCUGCAAGAAGAGCCGCUGCGGGCGGGCGAGGUGAUCGACAACAUCGGUGAAGCUAUGGGCCGUCUAGCAGUCUUCGACGUCUCUGCGGCAGUUUCUCACGGUCGGCUCCUCGUCUCGUUCUGUUUCCCUCCCGAUCUGCAGCACCAGGAUCGCAUUCGUCACUGGGUGGAGAGCUGCCAGAAGGUGCUUCAGACUGUUGUGACUGAGCUGGCUCAUAGUGCGUUGGAAUACUCGCUCAGCGAUUUCCCGCUCAUGGCCAUUGAUUACGCGGAUCUCUCAACCCUAACCAGCACCGUCCUGCCCGGCAUUGGUCUGGCUUCCGACGCCGUUGAGGAUCUCUAUCCUUGCUCAUCCAUCCAAGAGGGUAUCCUCAUCAGUCAAGCCCGUCAGCCUGGCACGUACGAGGUACGCCAGCUGUUCGAGGUCGUCCCCCGCUCCGAUGUGGGCCCUGUCAACGUCUCGCAUUUGUUGCAGGCCUGGCAACGCAUUGUGGACCGCCAUACCAUUCUCCGCACCAUCUUCAUUGAGUCCCUGACUGGUGCCGGAGUCUACGACCAGCUCGUGCUGCGUAGCCAUCAGCCCAAUGUGUUGCAGCUUGUAUACGAGGGCGUUGAGGGUGAGAGCAUCGCUGCGUUCAUCCAGCGUCAACCUACUCCAGACUACCGUCAACCUGUGCCCGCGCAUCGCUUGACGAUCUGUGAAGCUCCCAACAAGACCGUCUACUGCCAGCUCGAACUGAGCCACGCGCUGAUUGAUGGUACCUCCAUGGCCCUCUUGGUCCGGGAUUUGAUUUCUGGGUACGAGAACACUCUCCCCGCAACACCGGCCCCACUCUAUCACGACUACAUGGCCUAUCUUGCCUCUCGCCCUGAGGAUGAAGCCCUGGCUUACUGGACCGACCGACUCGCCGAGGUCCAGCCCUGUCACUUUCCUGACCUGCAGCCAGCCCUGUCGAGCAAGGAGGCCUUUGCGUCGCACACAGUCCACAUCGACCGCGAAGGCCGACUUAGGCGGUUCUGUGAGGCCCAGAAUGUCACUGUGAGCAAUCUGUUCCAGGCCGCUUGGGGUCUUGUGCUUCGCGCCUACACCGGUCAUUCCGAGGUCUGCUUUGGAUACAUGGCCUCGGGCCGAGACAUUCCCAUGGCGGGCAUUGAGGAAGCAGUAGGACCAUUUAUCAACCUGCUCGUCUGUAAACUGGACGUCAGCGAUGCAGUGGAGGUGCAGGAACUGCUGCAGACCGUGCAGUCCGAUUAUUUGCGGGGUCUGCCUCACCAGCAGACCUCCUUGGCUAAGAUCCAGCACGCCCUUGGCAACCAUGACGUGGCUCUCUUCAACACCAUCUUGUCGCUUCAACGCGAGCCCCCGCAGGGUCCGCCGCCUCAACUGGAAUUCCGCAUCGUCGACCAGGUUGACCCGACCGAGUAUGACGUGGAUCUCAACAUCACCACCGGGGACGCAGCGGGCGUGGAGGUUCACCUAACCUACCGCACGACGAUGCUCAGUCAGAUCCAGGCCAACAAUCUCCUCCAAACCUUCACUAAUAUGUUGCUGGCCUUGACUGUCAGUGCCGAUCGGCGUCUGUCCAACUUGAAGAUCGCCUCCACCGAAGAGAACCAACCCUCCCGGGCAAUUGAGCAGGCUUGGUCGACGGCGGUUGAGGCAUCAGUGCCUGAGCUUAUUGCUAUACAUGCGAGCAAGCAGCCCACCGCUGUCGCUGUUCAGUCUGCAGAUAGCCAAGUCACACUGACGUAUCAGGAUCUGGAUCGCCGAGCGUGUGCCUUGGCUGGUCAUCUGAGCACCCUGGGUGUUGGCCUCGGCGAUGUGGUCCCCCUCGUUUUUGAUCGCGACCCCUGGGCACUGGUGGCCAUGCUAGCCGUGCUGCAGGCGGGCGCAAUUGCCCUUCCUCUCGAUCCUUCGGUCAGCAAUAUCCAGAGCUUGCGUGACAGAUUGUCGGCUGCGAAAUGCAGUGUGAUGCUGUGCGGAGCUGAGAAACAUGCGGCAUCGUUUGACAACGAAUCUGCCUUCACUCCAGUGAUCGUUGAUUCCACCACAAUUCAAAAGUGGGAUGAAUCUGCUAAAUCGGACAAGCUUGAUUACCCUUCGGCCGCAGCAAUCGCCGUCGCUGUGAAGGACGGGACAGACUGGGCCUUACGCACCCAUUGCGCCAUCAGCACCGUCGCCACACAGCUGGGCCCUGUCGCUGGAUUAGGGCCAGCUGCUCGUGUGUUGCAGUUCAACCCGGUUACCUCGCCCUUCUACCUCGUUGAAACGCUGUAUUCCCUGGUGGCAGGUAGUACAGUUGUCAUUCCGGCGGCCGGUGAUGUUAGUUUCACUGAGGCUGUCCGCGACUCCCAGGCGAACUGGGCCCUAACCACUCCAACGGUGGCUGCCCUCACCAACCAAACUCAAGUCCCGUCCCUCAAGACCUUGAUGGUGGCCGGCGAAGAAUUCGGACCUGCUUUGUGCGCCCAGUGGAAUGGAGUCAACUUGAUCCACCCUUAUGGACUGAUUGAUUCUUCCGUCUGGCUUUCUUUCAUGGGUGCUGCAGCUGGCAGCGACACCCUUGUACAUCUUGCAGCACCGGCUGUAGCACGGAUAUGGGUUGCGAAUCCGUUCAACGGUGCCGCGGCGCUCACUCCUGUGGACUGUGUUGGACCUGUACUCGUCGAUGGGCCGGUCGUUCCUCAGUGCCAUCUCCUCAGUAAAGCCCAAGAGACAUCUUCCACUGACAAGGUGACAUGGUCGCCGGGAACGACUGUCUAUCACACUGGCCAAGUGGGGCGACGGACCUUCGAGCAAGAGAAUAUCUCUCUCGUGUCGCCUCUCCAGGCCAUCAAUGGCCACGCCACUAAUCUAACGGCUCUUGAGCAGCAGGUUCAAGUGGGACUGCCAGUGACGCAGCAUGCGGUGUUAUCGAUCAUGCGUCACAGAUCGACUGACAAGGUGGCGGUGUUCGUCAUUGACCGCAGCAGCACACCACAGACCUCAAGUACGUCACCUACGCUGCUGCUGCCUGUCUCGGAAUCUCAGCAGCAAUUAUUCUCAGAGUUGAAGUCUUCGCUUCGGGCAGCUCAGCUCCCGGAGCCUCUGCUUCCAUCUCUCUUCUUCCCUCUCAAUAAUCUCCCCUUGACCCAUGACUAUAAGGUGGAUCGUGAGGCACUGCAGCAGCUGACGAGCACCCUGUCUGAGCUCGAGCUGCAGGCUUAUUCUCUCGCCCCCGUCGCCGCAAAGGCUGGUAGACUGACAGCUAACGAGCAGCUCUUAGCUGACCUCUGGGUGGAGGUCCUGCAUCUGCCCGAUCCUCAGGGUGUCGGUUUCUCAGACAGCUUUUUCCGAUUGGGAGGAGACUCUAUUGGCGCGAUGCGUCUCGUGGCCAACGCCCGUAACCAAGGCUUGUCGCUGACAAUGAACACUAUUUUCCAACAGCCCACUCUCUCUGGCAUGGCCAAGGAGCUGCGGGUGUUGGCACCCCACGAGGACCGCCCCCUCGAGCCAUUUUCUCUGCUACCCACCGACGUGGAUCUUGGGUCCCUUGUUGCUGAAGCUGCCCAGCAGUGCCAGAUCGAGAAUUCGAAGUCCAUCGAGGAUAUCUAUCCCUGCACGCCGCUGCAGGAGGGUCUCAUGGUUCUCACCAGCCAGGAUCAUACUGCAUAUGUGGUUCAGGAGGUGUUCUCACUGCCAGGGAACGUCGAUCUGUCCCGGUUCCAAGCAGCCUGGGAGGCCGUUGUCGCACGCAGCACAAUCCUGCGUACGCGCAUCAUCAACACCCCCGAGGGCGCUUUCCAGGUUCUGCUCCCAGAGAAGGGCAUUGCCUGGGAAUCCGGAGCUGACCUGUCCGCCUAUUUGGCCCGGGAUUCGGCCCAGUCCAUGAGCUACGGUCAGCCUCUGGCACGCUAUGCCAUCCUGACUACCCCCGAGCAGAAUCGUUACUUCGUCUGGACGGCGCAUCACGCCGUGUACGAUGGCCUCACUCUGCCCGUCCUGGCCAAGCAGGUCUCCGCCGAAUACAAUCAGGAGAUCGCCCUUCCCGAAGUGCCCUAUAAUCGCUUCAUUGAUUACAUUCAGGGCAUCGGCUCGGCCGCUGCCACCGAAUUCUGGACCACGCAAUGUGCUACCCCGGCUACAACGUUCCCUGUACUGCCGGGACGUAGUUUCCAACCCACUCCAGACCAGACCCAGCACCACUCGGUCUCGCUCACCCGCUCCCCCUCCGACAUCACUUUGCCGACUGUUCUGCGUGCUGCCUGGGCGGUUGUCUUGGCCCAGCGCACGGAGUCAGAGCAUGUUAGCUUCGGCCUCACGCUUUCUGGACGGAACGCGGCGUUGGCCGGUAUCAAUCAGGUCUUGGGUCCUACCAUUGCCACCGUCCCUGUACAUAUCCAGGUGCGCGAGAAUCAGUCGCCGCGGCACUUCCUCAGAGCCGUGCAACAGCAAGCCAUUGACAUGAUCCCAUUCGAGCACACGGGUCUCCAGAACAUUCGUCGUAUGGGCGAUGCCGCGCGUGAGGCCGUGGACUUCCAGAAUCUCCUGCUCAUCCAACCCGCCAGUGCGCCCAUGGACGGCUCUGACUUCUUGGGCUUAACGCCUGUUGCGGUGGUGAAGGAGCAAUCCGAUCCCUAUCCCUUGACGGUGGAAUGUAACCUGCUCGAGAGCGGCGUUGAGAUCAAAGCUCAGUUCGAUAGUCGCCUGAUCUCCCCGGCCGAGAUGCGCUCUAUCCUUCAGCAGUAUGCUCGCACGAUUGAGCGGUUCAAUGCAGUGCCUGAAGCAACCGAUGAUGAGAAUGAUGAAGAGGAGGAGGAGAAGACUCUGGAUUCGAUGGGUACACUCAGCCCGGAGGAUCUCCAGCAGACCUUGGCCUGGAAUGCCAAUCGCCCUCCGUACGUCAACUCGUGCGUGCACGAACAAUUCGAGGAACAAGUCCGUUUGCGUCCGGAUGCACUGGCGGUUUCCUCGUUCGAUGUCGAACUUACUUACCGCCAGCUCAAUGUCCUUGUGGACUCUUUGGCUACCGAGUUGCUGGCGCGAGGAGUUCGGUCGGAGAUGAAGAUUCCACUGUGUUUCACCAAGUGCUCGUGGACUAUUGUGGCCAUGUUCGCUGUCAUGAAGGUCGGUGGCGUGAGCUGCAUGUUCAAUCCGGAACAUCCCAGCAGUCGCAUCCAGUUGCUCCUGGACGAUCUCGAUGCCCGACUUGUUCUUUGUGAUCCUGAGUCGGCCAAGAUGCUGUCCACCCUGCUGCCAUCUGAAGGGGUUCUCCCCGUGGAUGGCGACUAUCUGCGAUCGCUUCCCCCGGCCACACCACUUUUACUCGAGGGUCUCGUUCAUCCCACCAACGCUGUUUUUGUGGUGUAUACCUCUGGUAGUACCGGUAAGCCCAAGGGCAGCAUCCUGGAACACCGCUCGUUAGUUACUGGAUUACUCGCCCACGCGGGUGCCAUGGGCAUCGGUCCAGGCACUCGCACCUUCCAAUUCGCCGCCUACACCUUCGACGUGUGCUUUGAAGAGAUCAUCGGAUCUUUGAUGCUGGGAGCCUGUAUCUGCGUGCCCAGCGAGGCGGAACGCAUGAACGCCCUAGCAGAUGCCAUGGCUAAGUACCGGGUGACGUGGACGGAGCUGACUCCCACUGUUGCCAGUCUCCUUCUGCCCAGCAGCAUUCCCACCCUGCAGACGCUGGCCCUCAGUGGUGAAUCUCUCACGCAAGAUGUUAUCCAGCGCUGGGCUGGGGCGGUGCAGAUUAUCAAUACCUAUGGACCCAGUGAAUGCUGUGUUUCGACCACCUGCAACCUUCACACCGCUACCCUCCGCGAUCCCAGCAACAUUGGCCGGGGAUUGGGCUGCACGACUUGGAUCGUCGAUCCAGACAACGUUGACCGUCUGGUGCCCAUCGGUGCCGUUGGAGAACUCCUCGUCGAGGGUCCCAUUGUCGCCCGGGGCUAUCUGAACGAGCCGGAGAAGACCGCCGCUGCCUUUAUCUCUGCUCCGGUCUGGUGGCCUACAGACUCCUACCCCAGUGAGCGAAUCUACCGCACCGGUGACCUGGUCAAGUACAACCCGGACGGCACGAUCAAGUUCAUCGGCCGCAAGGACACUCAGGUCAAGCUUCACGGUCAACGCAUUGAAUUGGGCGAGAUCGAGCAUCGUUUGCGCGCCGCCUGUGCCGACGGUGAUGAGAGCAGCUCCCAUCAGGUGGCCGUCGAGGUUUUGACGCCCAAGUCCCGCGGAGGAAUCAAGAUCCUCACGGCAUUUAUCUGUGAGAGUGACGCCGUGGCGGACGACAACGAGGAGGGCCACUUCUUACUACCUCUGGAAGAUCAAGAAGGAGGACGCCCGCAACGAUUUUGCGACCUCCAGGCUCGUCUCCUUGCUGUUUUACCACGUCAUAUGGUGCCCCAGCUAUUCAUUCCCGUUUCGCACAUGCCAUUGUCUCCUUCGCGCAAGCUCGAACGAAAAAGGCUGCGCGCUGUCGGAAAUGGCCUCACGCCCGAGCAGCUGGCCUCGUAUGCCCUAACUCAGGUGGCCAAAACGGCUCCCUCCACUGCCACCGAGACCGCUCUGGCGGACAUCUGGGCCCGUGUCCUAGGCACCAGCCGCUCUACCAUCGGUGUCCAAGACAAUUUCUUCCACUUGGGAGGUGACUCCAUUGCCGCCAUGAAGGCUGUUGCUGCCGCGACGAAAGCUGGUCUCCCACCGCUCAGCGUGGCCGACAUCACUCAGGCUCCGACCCUAAGUGCGAUGGCCGCAUCGAUGGAUCAUGCGUCUGUUCUUGCGCAGCAGGCCGGGGGCGAGACAGCAGUGCCCGUAGGCCCUGCUCCAUUCAGUCUACUCUCCCCUGAAGAGGUUUCAGCUGUCCUCGUUCAAGCUUCUACGCAAUGUGCGGUAGCCAUCGACGCCAUCGAAGAUAUCUACCCUUGCACUCCAUCGCAAGAGGCUCUCAUGGCGCUCACCGCGCGUGAUGACACUGCCUAUGUUUCGCGCUCGGUCUAUCGCUUGCCUUUGCACUUGGACCUCGAAAACUACCGACAGGCGUGGGAGCUGCUUGCCCAGCGCCAGGCCAUCCUCCGCACACGCAUCGUCUACUCCGAGGAUGCGCGAUCGUUCCAAGUUGUGGUCCGCGAGCCUUUGGUGUGGCAGGAGCUGUCUGCUGACUCUGUGACGGCGUAUGUUGCGCGCGAUCGGCGUCUCUCCAUGCGCCACGGCCAGCCCCUGAUGCGAUUUGCUCUCCUAGCUGCCGAGACAGGUGACGAUUCUCGGGCUGUGCUUGUGCAUACCGCGCAUCAUGCUGUAUAUGAUGGGUGGAGUGAAGCUAGCAUGUUUGCUGAAGCCGAAGCCAUCUACCGUCAUGGUUUGUCUUCACUGCCUCCAGUCACCCCGUACAAUCAAUUCAUUCACUACCUGACUACUACCGUUGAUCCCGCUGCUUGUGACGCCUUCUGGCGCACACAGCUGGACGGCGAUCUCCCUGCCCUUUUCCCUGCCCCUUUCCCCGCUGUAACUGCUUCAGCUGCCACUCCCCGUCCCAACCGCUCCCUGUCCUAUCGAAUUGCCCUUACCCGCACUUCUUCUACCCCCUAUUCCACUCCUACAAUUCUCAAAGCCGCCUGGUCUCUAUUACUGGCUCGGUACACCACCUCCAAUGACGUCCUAUUCGGUCAUGUCUUGUCAGGCCGGACCAUCCCGCUCCCGGGCGUGGCAGAGAUGAUGGGCCCGACCAUUGCUACCGUGCCAGUGCGUGUGCAGCUCUCGGGGGAAGAGAGCAUUGAUGCGUUCCUCGGUCGCCUCAGAGACCAGGCUCAGGCGAUGGCUCCCUUCGAACAGAUUGGACUCCAACAUCUUCGUCGUCUCGCCGCCGAGCCGAUCGACCUUGGCCAUCUUUUCUUCAUCCAGCCCAGUCUGGACUCCUCUGACGAGGAAUUGGGCCUGGAGCCUAUCACAGCGACUGACUACGAGUUUGAGACAUACCCCUUGAUCGUAGAGUGCCAACUGGGCGCCACCAGCGAUGAUGACAAGCUUAUUGUGGAGGUGAAAUACGACGACACUCGCAUUGCCCCGACGCAAAUGAGCUGGCUGCUCCAGCACUUUGACACGCUGAUUCACCAGCUCUGCGAGCGGCCAUCGUCCACGCCCUUGUCGGAUCUCACGCUGACGGGGUCAGCCAAUCUGCUUCAACUGCAGCAGUGGAUGGGAUCUCCUGUGGCCCCAUUGGCAACAACACUCCAUGAGCAAUUCAGAGCCCAGGCGCAGGCCCAUCCGGACCGGGUUGCCAUUGCCGGCUGGGAUGGCUCUCUUACCUACCGUGAAUUAGAAGAGUUUUCUACGCGGUUCGCUCGGGAUCUCGUCGCUUUGAACCUUCGCCCUGGUACCCCCGUGGGUGUAGUGUUUGAUAAAUCCUGCUGGGCCGUUGUCGCCCUCCUGACUGUGCUGACCGCAGGGGGUGCCUGUAUUCACCUGGACCCUCAGCAUCCCAUGACACGAUUGACUGAGAUCGUUGCCGAUACCGGGCUGCAGCACAUUCUCGCUGCGCCCCAGUAUGCUUCUCACCCAGUCCAGCGGCUACCUGUGCGCCAUGUGCUCGUGGUGGAUGCCACCACUGCACGUAAACGGCCAUCCCGUUCCCUCGCGGCCGCCAGUCUUCCUCGUCUGCCGGUUGUCGAACCCACCUCCCCUGCCUAUAUGACCUUCACCUCGGGCAGUACCGGCAAGCCAAAGACUGUGGUCAUUGACCAUCGCGCCAUUUGCACCAGUAUCGACGCCUUCACCUCGGCGCUGCACCUCAAGGCGGAGUCCCGGGUCCUGCAGUUUGCCGCGUACACCUUCGACAUCAGCUAUGCUGAAAUCUUCGCCCCGCUCCUGUUGGGAGGAACGGUCUGCGUGCUCUCUAAUGCGGACCGCCUCAAUGACCUGGCCGGUGCCAUGAAGCGACUGGGUGUCAACUGGGCCUGUCUUACGCCCACGGUUGCCAGUCUCGUGCAACCAGCCGAGGUGGCCUCGUUGCUACAGACCCUUGUCCUAAGUGGCGAAGCGCCCACCGAGGAGAAUCUGCGCACCUGGGCCGGUCAAGUUCCCAACCUAAUCAACGCCUAUGGUCCUAGUGAAGCGUCUGUUUGGUGCGCUGCUGGUCCCUUCACGCGUCCGGAUGAUAGCUGCACUGAUAUCGGCGUGCCGGUUGGGUGUCGCCUGUGGAUUGCUGAGCCGGACAACUUGCACCGUCUCACCCCCUUGGGCUGUGUUGGUGAGCUGCUCGUCGAGGGUCCCAUCAUGGCUCAAGGCUAUCGCAACAAUGCCCCCGCAACUCGCGCCGCAUUCCUUAGCGAUCUGGCCUGGAUGAAGGAGGUGCAGCCCCAGCCUCUCCCUGGCUUCAAUCGGGUCUACCGCACCGGUGAUCUGGCGCGUUACCUGCCCGGCGGUCGCAUCCAGUAUCUCGGUCGCGCCGACACUCAGAUUAAGGUCUACGGGCGGCGCAUCGAGCCCCGUGAGAUUGAGCAUCACAUCCAGACUCACCUGCCUGACACUCACACCAUGGUCGACAGUGUGACUCUGGUCAACCGUGGCAACCAGAAGGUGCUGGUGGCCUACCUUUUCCAGGAAUCCGGUCCCAUGCCGGACAUGGAGCUGGCCGUGCUGGCACGACCUCUCACGCCGGCGCUGCAGGAGACGCUUCUCAGCCUGCAGACGGCCCUGCGUGCCCGGUUACCACACUACAUGCUGCCCGCCCUCUUUGUUCCUCUGCAGCUUUUGCCCACCAGUGCCGCUGGCAAGACUGACCGCAAGCUGCUCGGCCGGGUAGUGAACGCCAUGUCUGAGUCUCAACGCGAGAGCUAUGCCCUACAAUCCCUUUCCCGUGCGGCGAAACGCCCGCUCACCUCAGCCUUGGAGCGCCAGCUGGCCGAUCUCUGGGCCACCGCGCUCGGAAUUGAUGUCACCUCCAUCGGGGCAGACGAUAGCUUCUUCGGUCUCGGCGGUGACUCCAUGGUGGCCAUGAAGGUGGCCAGUCUCGCCCGUGCCGCUCAGCUGAGCUUGACCGUUGCUGAUCUCUUCAACCAUCCCGUUCUCGCCAGUCUCGCGGCUCAACUCUCCACUGCCGCUUUCCAGGAUGUCUCGAGCGCGACCCAGGAUGGAGCACGAACCCUGACAACCAACCCUGUGCUGGACCUGGCCUUGGCAGCGGCCCUCGCUCCUCAAGUGGGCGUUGAUGUUAGCAGCAUCGCCGCGAUUGCGACGACCACCGCCUUCCAGGACUAUGCUCUGGUCGGUCAUUUGACCGAGUCUCGCUGGAUGCUGAACUUCUUCUACUUCGACGGUUCUUCGCCCUCUCUCGGCAGCUCAAAUACCGAGCUGGAGCAACGUCUCCGCCGGGGCUGUGCCGUUCUGGUCCAGCAGUUCGACAUUCUCCGAACCGUCUUCGCGUCGCAUGCGGGCCGGUUCUGGCAGGUCGUGCUACACCAGCUGACGCCUCAAUUCCGCGUCGAUACCACCUCCGACCUCGAUACCUUCACCAAGCAGCUGUACGCCGAUGGUCUCAAGGCCGAGAACUUCCGGCUCUCCGAGCCUUUCUUGCAAUUCGUGCUGGCUGUGCAACCGGAUGGAAAGCACCGCCUGUUGAUGCGCCUGUCCCACGCGCAAUAUGAUGGUGUCUCGUUGCCAACACUCUGGGAUGCCCUGCAGCGCGCCUGCCAGGGCGAGAAUGCUUCUUUCCUCCCCCCUGCACCUUCAUUCCAGGAAUUCCUCCACACCGGUUCGACGUCCUUGGCUGCCACAUUGGCGCACUGGAAGAGUUUCCUGUCUGGUGCUCCGGAAACCCGCUUCGUCACCUACAGCAAGCCCGCACUCCACGACGCAUCCCGUGCGCAAGUCCUGCAAGUCACCCGCCGCUGCAUCCCUCUGGUGUCCAUGCACGACAAGAGCAUCACUCCGGCGACGGUGAUCAAAGCCGCCUGGGCCGUGCUCCUCGCCCGUCUCGCCGGCUCGACCGAUGUCACCUUCGGCCACACCGUCGCCAACCGCAGCAACAGCCCACUCCCCGGAGUCGACAAGGUGGUCGGCCCGUGUCUGAACGUGGUUCCCAUCCGCGCGCGUCUGCACGCGGGUCAAACCGUCCUCGAGCUUCUGCAGGCGCUACAGCAGCAGCAGAUCGCCAACAUGCCCCACGAGUCCAUGGGCUUCCGGGAAAUCAUCCGGGACGCCACCCACUGGCCGCACUGGACGCAUUUCAGCAGUGUGGUCCAGCAUCAGAACCUGGAUGCGGUGGACGACGCCGAACUGGUGCUGCUGGGUGAUGCGACGGAUUUCACUGCCUACACCCCUGGUUUCCUGGGCGCCGAGCUUGAUCUAGUGGAUGUUUCCAUCCUCUCGACCCCGGUGCCUGCUGCCCGCGGCACGACUGUCGUCAACCUGGAUCUGGUCACCUCCACGGCGGUAAUGGCCCCCUUCGCGGCGGAGUUGUUGCUCGAUCAGCUGGUCAGUUUGCUGCGGAGCUGGGCGGCGUUGUCGGUUGAGAAGAUGCUGGCCUAUGCGGCGGGCGAUGAGAGUCUGCCGGCUUUGCUUCCUCUCGCGGCGUAUACUGACGAUGUGGUGGAGGUCGAGGUCCCAUCAACAUCGGAUGACUUGACCAAGAUUCGGAUCGUCCAAGAAGCCGUGCAGCGGGCGUGGCGGUCGGUGUUGCCUGGGGUUGACGCGGUGGAUGAUUUGACUCAUGAUCUUGACUUCUUCGCUGCGGGCGGUGAUCUGGUGCAGAUGGCACAAUUACUGACUCUGCUGCAGGCGGAUGAUGAGCUGAAGGCUGCGCGCGGAGUGAGGUUGGAGGCUUUGGUCAAGUGUUCGUCGAGAGAGAAGAUGGUGCGGCUGUUGCUGUAGUUGACCCUCAGUCCUUGAUUUUUGUCUGUAAUUGUUUUGCUUCUAGAUUUUGACUCUGUCUGUGUCCUUGUUGUCUUUCUUUCUUGCUGUACUCGUCGCUGUGUGAUUUGUGCUUGGUUUAGUGUCGUGGCGAUGUAUCUACAAGUUGAAUUACAUGUGUUUUCCAUCCCCAAAUCCU